CUGCCCGUAAAAUCAGGCAGCAACACACCUCCAAUCAAUUUUGAACUGCUCUAAUCGAUUGAACCUGCGCAGCAGCUAUAAAAGGUGGCUUUGCCCAGUCGUCUCUUCUGGUUUCGACGAACCACAUAUAUGUGUCAGGUGUGACGUUAAUAUGGCGAAACUUGAACUAAAACUGGUCGGAAUUGUUAUAUUCUUGGUAGCCGCUCUUGAGGCUCAGGAAACCCCAGCGACUGAAUCAUCUCCAGCCACGCAAAUAGCAGGGGCAACUGAAAGCAGUUCUGCCGGAGAAACCACUAAGGCUGGGACAGAGUCUACUGGAUCAACAACCGAUUCCCCAGAUCAUAAUAGUACUGAUACCACGGAGAGUCCCACACACCACAGCUCAGAGCAUAAUGGAACACAUACUGCGGAAAAUGGUGGAGAUCCAUUCGUCAAGCCAGGGAAACAUAGACCAGGUCCACGCCACGUAAAAGCCCACGAUGGGUUCCACAAUUUAAGGACGGAGAAGAAUUGGGCUCACUGGAACGACGCCUUCACCACACCCACUCCCUAACUACCCUAUAUGAUUUAAAACUUUUAAUUAUGUGACUUCACUUUGAUGAUUAUUUUAAUAAAACAAACU